GCUGGUAACUUCGUCCGAAGAUUCCUCGGAUUGGACGUCGUAGUUGGACCCAUGCACUGCGUUACUCCCGCGACACUUACUGCGUCAGUCUCGCUGGUAUAAAUCGCUUGGCAGGCUAGGGAGUAGCACAGCACGCGAGCAGACGAGACGAGAAGAGAAGAGAAGAGGCGAGACGAGAACAGAAGAAGAGCGAAAGCCUAAAUCUGCAGCAGGCCAGUGGAAUCGACGAGAGGGUGCGUGAAAUUUGCAGGAAUCAUGUCUCGAAUUGCCGUAGGUGAUAAAAUUCCCGAGGGUGAGCUGUCGUACAUUGACGAGGACAACUCGUUGAAGAAGCUGUCGAUUGCCGAGUUCGCGGCCGGGAAGAAGAUCGUUCUCUUCGGUGUGCCCGGAGCUUUCACUCCCACUUGCAGCAUCAAGCACGUUCCCGGUUUCCUCGAGAAUGGACCGGCUUUGAAGGCCAAGGGAGUGUCUGCCAUCUUGUGCAUUACCGUCAAUGAUCCUUUCGUUGUGAACGCGUGGUCCAAGACCUACCCCACGAACACUGAUAUCAUCAAGUUUUUGGCCGAUGGAUCUGGUACUUACACCAAGGCUUUGGGUUUGGAGCUUGACCUAACAGCGAAGGGUCUGGGAGUCCGAAGCGAGCGAUUUGCUUUGUUGAUCGACGAUCUCGAAGUGAAAGUAGCGAACAUCGAGUCAGGAGGCGCCUUCGAGGUGUCGAGUGCAGAAGAUAUUCUUAAGGCCUUGGCUUAGAUAUCGUUUUGAUCAGGAACAUGUACAUGACUGUGAUAUAGUCUCGUUGGCGACUUAGUUAGAUGUGGAGUGGCUUACCCCUCUGUGACCAUUUCGAUUUUUGAUAAUGAAACACGUCUUCGAAGUGGCAUUUUUAUGUUAGUGUGCAAUCCUAG